AUCGAUUGCCUCUCGAAAGCGCUGAUCAAGCUCUACCAGGAGGAAAAGAAACCGGACGAUGCAUGCAAGUUCAUUCGGCAGACCAUGUGCGAAGCGUGUCCCUCCGACGAAGAGGUGGCUCAGAUGGUUCAAGACCUAGCAGAUGCUAAGCAGGAAAUUUGCUGCCUCAAAAAAGAAAUCAUUUCGUUCAAAGGAGAAAUCCGGAGAAGUUCCAGUGAGGUGGCGCUAGCACUCGAGGAAGGCUUCCAGAAGCUGGAAGAAAACGUGGACUGCGAAUCGUCCCUGAAGAGACAUCUCACGAAAGAAGUUUUCGAUGAACUGAAGGACAAAAAGACAGCACUCAAGUCGACACUGUUGGACUGCAUUCAAUCCGGACUGGAGAACCACGAUUCCGGAGUGGGAAUCUACGCGUCGGAUGCCGAGUGCUACGAUCUGUUUGCUCCUUUGUUUAAUCCGAUAAUUGAUGAGUACCACGGGAUCAAUUCGGCGGAAGUAUUCCACCCGGAGAGCGACUGGGGUGAUUCCGGUAACUUCGAAAACCUGGAUCCGGAGAACGAAUUCAUCGUUUCCACCCGGGUGCGCUGUGGACGAUCGAUCGCAGGAUUCCCGUUCAAUCCUUGCCUAAAGAUGGCCCAGUAUGAGGAGAUUAUGGAGCGUGUCAAGACGGUGCUGGAGGGAUUGGAAUGGGAGGAUUUGCGGGGAGAAUUCCACCCGCUAGAAACCAUGUGCGAGGAGCUGAAGCAACAGCUGAUCGACGAUCACUAUCUGUUCAAGGAGGGCGAUCGGUUCCUGCAGACGGCCAAUGCCUGCCGGUUCUGGCCGAUAGGGCGGGCCAUUUUCUACAACGAAGCGAAAACCUUCGUUGUUUGGGUCAACGAGGAGGACCACCUGAGGAUCAUUUCCAUGGAAAAGGGCGGAGAUUUGGGUGCCGUCUAUCAACGCUUGGUCAAUGCUGUGGCUGCCAUCGGCAAAGAUAUAGCUUUUUCGCGUAGUGAUCGUUUCGGUUACCUUACCUUCUGUCCGUCGAACCUGGGAACGACCAUCCGAGCUUCGGUUCACAUCAAGCUGCCGAACCUCGGUGCGAACCGAGUCAAACUGGACGAAGAAGCCGCCAAGUACAACCUGCAGGUUCGUGGCACCCGCGGAGAACACACCGAAUCCGAGGGAGGUGUGUUCGAUAUCUCCAACAAACGUCGGUUGGGUCUGACCGAAUUUGAAGCGGUUAGCGAGAUGUACAAUGGGAUCCGGCAGUUGAUUGUUCUUGAAAAGUCCACAGAACCGGGUGAAGCUACGGCAUCCGCCGAUGAACCGAUUCUCGUGGAGGAUGAUGCCGAACCAGCUGCUGUUGGCGAAGAGUGAUGGAGCUAGCUCCAACUAAAUUGGUAAGUGCCACGCGCAGUUGA